AUGGCGUCGACGACUGCGAGUGCUGCCUAUGUGUCUGCAGGCAACGGCACGCAAGGCAGUUCACAGUAUCAGAAUGCCGGCGCCCAAGAGCAUCUCGCUCACCUCAACAAAAUCUUGGCUUGGAACUAUCUUUGGGCGUUGCUGGGUGUGGCCGGCGUGGCCUUUGUUUAUGCCACGUUCCGUCGCAUCGACACCCACGUCCGGCACCUGGCGUCGAUGAAUAGACCCGCGGCGCUUCGAUACUUUUCCAAACCAUCGUCGACCCUUUCUCUAAUCAAGAGCCACCUCCUCUACGCGCCUCUCCUGCACCACCGACGCGCUGGCGAGCUCAAGGUCUCCAAGCGCAUCAGCUUCGGCACCGUUCCUACACGACUCCAGGCCGUCUUCAUCUUCUUGCUCUUGGCCACGAAUGUCUUCGCCUGUGUAUGGAACAUUCCGUGGCCCGCUCCUGAACUCCAAGUCCUACCCGUCCUCCGCGACCGGUUCGGAUCCCUGUCUGUCGUCAACCUCAUCCCUAUCGUGGUCCUGAGCACAGUAAAGAAUCCCUUGAUAUGGCUGCUGGACAUCUCCUACGACACGUUCAACCUCUUGCAUCGUUGGCUGGGUCGCAUCUCCAUCUUGCAGGGGAUCGCACAUGUGAUCUGCUACCUUAUCGCAAAGGUCAAGACGGCCGGUUGGGCCGGAGUCGGCAAAUCGGUGCAGGCCAAGUUCAUCUACAGUGGCCUUAUCGCUGCCAUCGCCUUCACCGUCAUUCUCUUACAGAGCCCAAAGGUAUUGAGAGGUCUUUCGUAUGAGUUCUUUCUACAUUUCCACAUUGUCCUCGUCAUUCUCAUGUGCGUUUUCCUCUGGAUACACCUGGAUGUGAAAACGCUUCCACAGCGACACCAGCUCCUGGGCUUCAUCAUCCUCUGGGCCGUCUUUAGAGCCUGGAGAUUCGCAACCUUGCUGUACCGGAGCUUUGGGUCCAGCGUCUGCAAGGCCAAGGUAGAAGCCAUGCCUGGGGGCGCCGUGAAACUCCACAUCACCAGCCCUCGACCGUGGCAGUACCGGCCUGGACAAUCUUUGUUCCUGACCAUUCCCUCGGUCGGUCUCUGGACAGCACACCCCUUCUCGGUCGCGUGGUCCGGCAGCGAGGAGACCAUCUCAAGGAGCGACUCAACCAGGACUUUCAACGAGAAGGCUCCGAUAGUCCAGCGCAAAGAAGUUGAGGUGGACGCCCGUGGUGACCGAACGAUGUCGCUCGUCAUUAAGAAGCAUCGCGGGCUGACUCGAAAGCUCUGGGAUCGUGCAGGCAAAGCAGAAGGUCAUCUGACCGUCAAUGCUUACAUCGAAGGCCCCUACGGCCACGAACAGAGUUUGUCCAGCUACGGCACCGUGAUGCUGUUCGCGGGUGGAGUUGGCAUAACUCAUCAACUUCCGUACGUGAGAGAGCUCGUCGAGGGUUACAGCCACGGCACCGUUGCGGCCCAGAGAGUCACGCUCGUCUGGGUCAUCCGUACGGCCGAUUGUCUGGACUGGAUUCGUCCCUGGAUGCACGAGGUGCUGAACAUGGAAGGACGACGAGAAGUGUUGAAGAUCUUGGUGUACGUCACGCAAGAGGGCCUGACUCAGUCGGUCAGAAGCCCCAGCGAAACGGUCCGCAUGUCACGGGGGAGACCAGACGUGCUGUCGUUGAUGGCGCAAGAAGUCGAGCAGAAGAUGGGCUGCGUCGGGGUAAGCGUCUGUGCCGGUGGCGGGUUGGCCGACGAGGUCAGACGUUCUUCGCGUGUGUUGUUGGGCCAGGGUGCAAAUCUGGAUUUCAUGGAAGAGACCUUUGGGUGGUGA